AUGGACUGGGUCAAGAUUUUGCUUUUCAUCGACCUUUCAAACCCCGUUCAAUCCAAUGAAGAUACAUAUUCUCUUCUGCGGCAGUAUCUUCAAGAAUUUUCCGAGAUAUCCGGUGAUGACAUACAGCAUCUCCAGCAUAGAAUGACUGCUUCUCCACAAUUCGUUGGAAACUGCAGUGAUGCAGACAUAACAUUUUACGAAAUGCCAUUGGAUGAGAAUGACCGACGCGCAUUUAGAUAUGCCAUGACGAACUAUGGAGAGACUUUGCAUCAACGAGUCAUCCAGGGAAGUAAAUCAUCCCCAUGGUCAGCUCUCGAAGCGAGAUGCAGUUCCUGGGUUCCGGUCAAUCCUCGCUUUACUGGAGACGACGAAAUAGGGCCACUCAGUCUUGCAUCGGUAUUCAGUCCCAAGAAGGAGGGAGCCAGAGAAGAGUGGUAUAACGACUUCGCCGAGCGAGCUCAAACUCAAUAUGACCUCCUGGGUUAUAUCGUUGACUUGAUGCGAACUUUGUGUACGAGUAUCGGGAACUACUAUGUGAAUUUUGAGAACGAAGACCCCUGGAUGAAAGCAGAUAAGCUGUAA